AUGUAUUAUUACAGUACUAAUGGUGAAUGGGAUGAAUCAUUGGCCAAUGAUUACGAGGAUCAUGGGAAUGAUAUUGAAAGAGGAGUACGAGAGGGAGUGAAUUAUGAAGAGUUUAGAGAUUCAACUCCGACAUUACUUCAUACAGAUGAUCAAAAUCAUCAGGUCAUAAAUAAUGAUAACCUCAAUGAGGGUGAUGAUGAGAUACCAUCACACAUCAAUUCUAAUAGUGAUCAGAAUUCUCAUCGAUAUUUUGCGGAACAGCCAAAAGCACAAUAUCAUGGAUUAAGGAAGAGAAAAAAAUUCAGUAUUAAUCCAUUAAAAGCUUGUUUGGGAAGUACACUGACGUUUAUUUUAUUGGGAGUCAUUGCAAUCUUUAUAUUACUAAUGGUACUCUUGCUGGUGGAAAAACCAAGACAAGUUAUCAUAGUCUUGUCAAUUGAUGGAUUCAGAUACGACUAUUUGGACUUGUAUCCACAAUAUGUGCCGACUUUGUUGAAAAUGAGACGAGAGGGAGUUUAUAUUGACAAACUAAAGCCCUCGUUUCCAACUAAAACUUUUCCCAAUCACUAUACAAUAGCAACAGGUCAAUAUGUACAAUCUCAUGGAAUUACCUCAAACAAAUUUUACGACAAGAAUGCUCCUUUUGAUUCGAAAGUUUUCACACAACAACUCACUGACCCCUUUUGGUGGGAACAAGGAGAACCAAUUUGGAUUACCGCUCAAAAACAGAAAAUAUCCACUGCCUGCUAUGAUUAUCCUGCAUCAAAUGUUAAAAUUCAAGGCAUGUUUCCGACCUUCUACGAACCAAUUUACAUUCAUGACAAUUAUGACAUUCAGAAAAGAAUUGACAAGUUAAAUACAUAUUUAAGCAUGACCAAGAAUCAUGAAGCUCUCGCUCCUAAAUUAAUAAUGUAUUAUUUAGGGUGGGUUGAUGACGCUGCCCAUUUUCAUGGCAUACCCGACCCUUCUAAAAAUCUCACCUCUGAAAGUUUAUAUUUUUACAAUGCUCUCAAAAUGGUGGACGAUAUGGUUGCAAAUAUAUUUCAAACCAUUUCUGCUUUAAAAUUGGAAAGUCAUGUGAAUGUCAUUGUGUUAUCGGAUCAUGGCAUGGAAAAUGUGAAACAAAAAGAAGAUGGAAUUUGGAUUCAACCCAUGUUAGAUCGUUACUAUUCAUAUAUGAACAUGGCACCACUUAAUAUUUACUCGAUAGCAGAAACAUACACUUCGGGUACUUUGGUUGAUUUCUAUGUCAUGCCAAAUAAUACAGAUCACAGUGCACGUCAAUUAGCCAUCCGUACGCUCUAUGAAGGAAUUAAGGGAGCCAUUGAUUUGUUUUCUUACAAGUGCAAAGUUUACACAAAGGAAGAUAUGCCAUUCCGAUUCAAGUAUACCAAUAAUUCGAGAAUACCUGACGUUUUGGUAGUGAGUGACAUUGGUGAAUACAGUGCACUUGAUUCCAUGUUUUGGUGGGGAGAGAAAGCAGAUCAUGGAUACGACAAUGAAGAACCUACCAUGCAAGCUUUUUUCCAAGCUUUGGGACCUCUUUUCAAAAGUGGUGGCAUCAAGGCCUAUGACUCUGUUUCCAACAUUCACAUUCAUUCACUUCUUGCGUCUUUACUCAAAAUCAAACCUUCCACACGAAAUGAAGGAAAUUUGGAUGAAAUCAAAAAUGUAUUAUCGUAUGAGGACACUAAAUAA